ACAUUGUGCUCUGAGUUCGCAUUGGUGGGGAGAAAAAUCUCAUACGAGGGAGACGACACUGCUUCUAGAUCCAGAAGGCGAAGAGGGAGGAUAAUGGCGGUGGCUUCGAACGGGAGUGAGUAUUUCGAGUUCGACUUCGAGGCGGCGAGGGAAUCGUUCGCACGGUCGUCGAACGCGGAAUUGGUGGAGCAGGACGAGGAAGAUCUGAUCUGGGCGGCAAUUGCGCGUUUGCCGUCGCAGAAACAAGGGAAUUUCGCGGUGCUGCGACGGUCUCUGACGCGGACGCAGGCAGGUUACGGCGGCAGGAACAAAGUUCAUACCAUCGACGUCAGAAAACUCGACCGGUCGGAUAGGGAGCAGGUUGUCCGGCAAGCUCUGGCUACCAGUGAUCAGGACAACUACAAGCUCCUCUCAGCCAUUAAGGAGCGGCUCGAUAGAGUUGGAUUGGAGGUUCCUAAAAUUGAAGUCCGAUUCGAAAACUUGAACAUAGAAACCGAUGUUCAAAUUGGUGCAAGAGCUUUACCAACUUUGGUUAACGUAGCUCGUGAUUUUGUUGAGCAUCAGCUCACCGGUUUGGGAAUUUUCCGACCUAAGAAACACGAGCUAAAAAUUUUGAAGAAUAUCAGUGGGGUAGUUAAACCCGGAAGGAUGACUUUGCUUUUGGGACCUCCGGGCUCUGGAAAAUCCACACUGCUUUUGGCUCUUGCUGGGAAACUAGAUAAAAGCCUCAAGAAAACAGGUACCAUAACCUACAAUGGAGAGAAGCUUGAGGACUUCCAUGUUAAAAGGACAUCCGCAUACAUUAGUCAAACAGAUAAUCACAUUGCCGAACUCACUGUCCGUGAAACACUAGAUUUUGCCGCAAGAUGUCAAGGCGCAAGUGAAGGAUUUGCAGGUUACAUGAAAGAUGUCACCCGUUUAGAAAGAGAGAGAGAUAUACGUCCCUCCCAAGAAAUCGAUGCUUUCAUGAAGGCUGCAUCUGUUGGUGGUAAAACGCACAGCGUUUCCACAGAUUAUAUUCUGAAAGUGCUUGGUCUAGAUCUAUGUUCUGACACUAUAGUUGGAAAUGAUAUGAUGAGAGGUGUUUCAGGAGGCCAAAGGAAAAGAGUAACAACAGGGGAAAUGAUUGUCGGGCCAAGAAAAACUUUGUUCAUGGACGAAAUCUCUACUGGUCUCGAUAGCUCCACAACUUACCAGAUCGUAAAAUGUAUCAGAAAUUUCGUCCAUCUAAUGGAUGCAACUGUGCUCAUGGCUCUUCUUCAACCUGCGCCAGAGACAUUUGAUCUAUUUGACGAUUUAAUUCUUCUGUCAGAAGGCUACAUGGUGUAUCAAGGUCCUCGAGAAGACGUGGUGGACUUCUUUGAGUCUCUAGGAUUCCGUCUGCCCCCACGGAAAGGUGUAGCUGAUUUCCUCCAAGAGGUGACUUCCAGAAAGGAUCAAGCUCAGUACUGGGCAGACUCAUCGAAACCGUAUCAAUUCAUUCCUGUUUCAGAAAUUGCCGAUGCAUUUCGAAACUCUAAAUAUUGGAAAGCUAUAGAAUCCAACAUGGCCACUCCAUUUGAAAAAGCAUCGGCCCAUCCCUCAGCUUUAUGCAGGACAAAGUUUGCUGUAUCAAAAUGGGAUAACUUUAAAGCUUGCUUUGAACGAGAAGUAUUGUUGAUCAGCAGGCACAAGUUUCUCUACAUUUUUAGGACAUGCCAGGUUGCAUUCGUGGGAUUCGUCGCAUCCACGGUAUUCUUGAGAACGAGACUUCACCCGACAGAUGAAAUAUAUGGGAACAUGUACUUGUCGUGUCUCUUCUUUGGGCUGGUGCACAUGAUGUUCAACGGUUUUUCUGAACUGCCUCUCAUGAUAUCUCGUCUCCCGGUGUUCUACAAGCAAAGAGACAAUUCAUUUCAUCCUGCAUGGGCAUGGUCCCUUGCCAGUUGGAUUUUGCGCGUGCCUUAUUCAGUUCUUGAAGCUGUUGUUUGGUCUGCUGUGGUAUACUACAGUGUGGGGCUUGCACCCUCCCCCGGCAGGUUUUUCCGAUACAUGCUACUACUCUUCUCGGUGCAUCAAAUGGCCCUGGGUCUCUUUCGUAUGAUGGCUGCUCUGGCGAGAGAUAUGGUCAUUGCCAAUACAUUCGGGUCAGCGGCGAUAAUGAUAGUGUUUCUGCUUGGUGGAUUUGUCAUUCCCAAAGGUGACAUUAAGCCCUGGUGGUCUUGGGGUUAUUGGAUUUCACCAUUAUCCUACGGCCAAAAUGCCAUUACUGUCAACGAAUUCACCGCUACAAGGUGGAUGAAGCAAUCUAGUAUAUCGGAUACUGCUGUAGGAUUCAACAUUCUUCAAUCACGUAGUUUUCCCACCAACGGCAACUGGUAUUGGAUUGGACUCGGAGUACUCAUUGCUUAUGCAUUGCUCUUCAACAACAUGGUCACUGUCGCCCUCGCAUAUUUAAAUCCUAUCAGAAGAGCUCAGACAACGGUUCUAGAAGAUGCCCAUGAAGAGAAGCAGGCUGCUUCAGGAUCAGUUCCAACUACUGGUCAGGAAACUGUUGGAAACAAAGGAAUGAUUCUUCCAUUUCAACCACUGACAAUGACUUUCCACAAUGUCAACUACUAUGUUGAUAUGCCACAGGAAAUGCGUUCGCAAGGCGUGCCAGAAACAAAAUUAAAGCUCUUAUCAAGUGUGAGCGGAGUGUUCUCACCAGGUGUCCUUACAGCUUUAGUUGGGCCAAGUGGGGCAGGCAAGACCACUUUGAUGGACGUCCUCGCCGGUCGCAAAACGGGUGGAUACGUCGAAGGAGAUAUCAAGAUUUCGGGUUACCCUAAAGAACAACGGACGUUUGCGAGAAUUUCCGGAUAUGUUGAGCAGAACGAUAUCCACUCUCCUCAAGUGACUGUUGAAGAGUCUCUCUGGUUUUCCGCCAGUCUUCGUCUUCCAAAGGAGAUCAGUAAAGAACAAAAACGCGAAUUCGUUGAAGAAGUGAUGAGAUUGGUAGAGCUUGAUACUCUGAGGGAUGCCCUAGUCGGUUUACCAGGUGUAACUGGCCUGUCGACAGAACAAAGGAAACGUUUAACGAUAGCGGUGGAGCUAGUGGCGAAUCCGUCAAUAAUAUUCAUGGAUGAACCGACGUCUGGACUUGAUGCGAGGGCAGCUGCCAUUGUGAUGAGAACUGUCCGAAACACUGUUGACACUGGAAGAACAGUGGUUUGCACCAUUCACCAACCCAGCAUUGACAUUUUCGAGGCAUUUGAUGAGCUGCUUCUAAUGAAACGAGGUGGACAGGUUAUAUAUGGAGGAAAACUAGGUGAACGCUCACAGAUUCUGAUAGACUACUUUCAGGGGAUUAAUGGAGUUCCUCCAAUCUCAAGCGGAUACAAUCCAGCAACUUGGAUGCUCGAAGUCUCAACAAUUAACAUGGAGGAGAAAAUUGGGGUUGACUUUGCAGAUUUAUACAGGAAAUCUGAUCAAUUCAGGCAAGUGGAGGAAAACAUCAAGCGUUUCACCGUUCCACCAGAAGGAUCGGAGCCAUUAAUGUUCUCUACAACAUACUCACAAAACCAGUUCUCUCAGUUUCUAUUAUGCCUAUGGAAACAGAACCGCGUAUACUGGAGGAGUCCUGAAUACAACCUUGUGAGGUUGGUCUUCACCACGGUCGCUGCCUUGAUACUUGGCACCGUCUUCUGGAAUGUUGGCUCUCAAAGGAGCUCCUCACAGGGUUUGAUCACUAUAAUGGGAGCCCUUUACUCGGCUUGCCUGUUUCUUGGAGUUAGCAAUGCUUCAUCGGUGCAACCCAUCGUUUCGAUAGAAAGAACCGUGUUCUACCGGGGAAUGUACGCUCCAAUUCCCUACGCAGCAGCGCAGGGGCUGGUGGAAAUACCAUACAUUAUCACCCAGACGAUUAUAUACGGAGUCAUCACAUACUUCACCAUUGGAUUUGAAUCAACGGCCCAAAAGUUUUUCCUCUACCUGGUGUUCAUGUUCCUGACUUUCACCUUCUUCACCUUCUAUGGAAUGAUGGCCGUCGGAUUCACCCCAUCUCAGCACUUGGCCGCUGUCAUUUCCUCCGCCUUUUACUCUCUCUGGAACCUCCUCUCCGGAUUUCUCAUCCAAAAACCCUUCAUUCCGAAAUGGUGGGUAUGGUUCUACUACAUAAACCCAGUGUCAUGGACCCUGAGAGGAAUCAUUCUCUCACAGCUCGGAGACGUGGAAACAAUCAUCGACGAGCCAACCUUCCAUGGGACCGUGAAGGAAUACAUUGAAAGAAAUCUGGGAUAUGAAGACGGCACAAUGGGUAUCUCAGCCGUUGUUCUCCUCGCCUUCUGCGCCCUCUUCUUCUCUGCUUUUGCUCUCUCCGUCAAGUUCCUCAACUUCCAGCGAAGAUAAUAACAAAAACCGAUGAGAGACAACAAUAUUUCCCAGGGAUGAGCCCUUCACAUUGGUCAGGGCGUCGGCUUUACACUCCAAAAAACCCUUUGUGCUGAGUUUUGUGGGACUCUAUAUAUGUAUGUUGAGUUGGUGAGAUGUGUUUUCUUUCGCUUUAAUGAUCCCACAAAUUUUCUAUUUUAUACAUUUUCUUGAGAUGUUUAUCCAUUGGUUGACCUCUCUAUAAAAGAAAUCGGCUUUUUAAUUUCCA